AACACGCGCCUACAACAUUCAUCUUUAAAUGGUCAGUCUAGUUUGCCAACAACAGUGUGUCCACGAGGCGCUCUGGACUAUUUUAUUUCUGCGGUCACGUUAAACAUGGCGCAAGUUGCGUGGAUAUUUUGUUUGUUUGGAUUGAUUUUUUCUGCCUUUCCAUUCACACAAGUAUCAGCGGAAGCUGAUUUUAAUGUUGACCGAUGGGAGGGUCAAGUGCAUCAAGACUACCAAUUUGCGGAGCGGCACCUCCUGGGCAAUGUACCAGUGCGUGAGGUGAUCAGGCCUCGGAUAGGGGAAGACGAUGCCACCGGUGCCCCUCGGUCAGAACCACCAUACUACUUCCUUCCCAUGUUCCAGCACUCGGCGGUUCCUGUCGUCGAUAGGGACUUGUUCAGACCAGUCGUCGGGAAAAUACGUUUCCCCAGUAUCUUCACCACCCUCUUGUUUCCGCCACAAAAUAGUCCAGAGCGCAACCACUUCUCUCCCGUGCGUAAUCCGCGUGGAGUGGAGGUGUGGUGUGGGUACAACCAGAUCUCCGUGCGCAUCAACAGAAGUCAGCUCAGGUUUAGGUGUCUGGCCUCCAUGCUCUUCCUGGGCACUUGCCCCGUCACCCGGGUCACCCCACUUUUCUUUUACUUCCAUUAUGACUUGAAUGACUGUGGCAGUACUCAAACGACCAUGAAUGGCCAGCUGGUGUACUCCAGCUCACUUCGCUUUUCUCCAGAACCACAGGGGCCAGUGAUGAGAGCCAUACCUCUCAACCUCCCCAUUCAGUGCAUAUAUAAUCGAUUCCACUACUCCUACAAAGUUGGCUAUGUACCUGAGGUGCAUGACCGCAAUCUCUUGAAGAGUAUGAAUGGCAAACACAUCUUUAGGCUCACUGCAUGCAAUGAGCAAUGGGAACAAUUGUCGUCCGAAGAGGGCUAUAUGCUUGGGGAGCCAAUGUACUUCAACGCCUCCGCUGCUUUUGUCCCCAAAGAUGAGAGUGUGUUUGUUGAUUCCUGCUUUGUUACGACAUCCAAUGACCCAAAUGCCACACCUCGCCUUGAAGUCAUUCACAACUUUGGAUGUAUGGUGGACAGCAAGCGGAAAGGCAGUCAGUCCCAGUUCUUCUCCAGAGAGUCAAAUGUCCUGCGCUUCACUGUGGAUGCUUUCCUGUUUCCCCAAAUCACUGCCACGCAUCUCUACCUGCACUGUACUAUGACUGUCAUGAAAUCCACUUCAAAGCGCAGCGCCAAGUCCUGCACAUACAAUAGAGCAGUGGGAAGGUGGGAGGAGCUGUAUGGCUCUCCCUCUGUGUGCUCCUGCUGUGAUUCUGUCUGUGAAGUGUCAGAGUUUUGGCCAGCCUUGACAUCUCCUUCAGUGAAAAGCCUGAUCACCAGUAAACCCUGGAGAGUGUUGGAGGACAGGGAGAAGAGUUUGCCCGUUCAGGCUGAGGAGAGACAGCCAGAUGGUGAGGAAAGGGUGGAGGAGACCUUGGCAGUCACUUAUAGAGUGGAGAAGGUGAAGUUUAAAAGCUUGGCAGUCGCUCCUUGGGAGGAGGAGAAAAACAUGUCAGUUGCUGUUAUGAAUAAGGUAGAGGAGGUGCAGGAAGGGACAUUUCUAGGAGAGGAGGGGGUGGUAGCCAGAAAAGAAGGGAGUGUGGAGGAACCGAUUGAGGACAAACGGGCUGAGAAGAUGAUUGAGGUGGCAGCUGAAGAGAUUGGCACAGACCAAGUGACAUCAAGUAUAACUUUGGAACAAGAACCUGAGGAGAAUACUGUGACGGUUAAGGAGGUAGCUCAGUGGAACAUGUCGAGUGUCACCAUGAAUGCUAAGGUGUCAAAGAAAGCUAAGGAGCAGGUUGCUGGGAUAGAAGGGUCAAAGGUUGAGAGAGUGGCGGUUGGACAGAUGCCUUUGGUGGACGAAGCGGCAGCAUUUCUGCAGGGGUACAUGGAGCCUGCCGAGUGGAGAGAAGAUUACCAAGGACCAGCCCUAGAGGAAGAGCUGGGGAGGUUUUGGAAACCAUCCACAAAGGACAAGCUUGCUGUGCUGGAAACUUCUGUCCCUAUUGGAACAUUAACUUUAAAUUAAAUAUUUCAUAAGAAGAAUUACA